AUGUCGACUUCCCAGCAAUUGCCCGCAACACUAGCAGUAGCAGCAAAUAUUAUCACGACUACAGAAACCGGGGAAGCAAAUAACAAUAGUAGUAGUAGUAGUCGACGUACAGAUCAUGUCUCGCCAUGCAUUCUCAUAAGUUUUUAUUUAGCUCUAAUUGUCAAUACUAUGUUAAUGUCAGCCGAUUCUCAGGCAGAAAAGCGUCCGGCUCUAAUUGCCUGGUGUACAGUAGAGUCUAUGCUACGUCUGUUAGUCGUAUACAUUACAGCCAGAAAUUAUUCUGCAACAUUUACAAUAAACAAUUUUCUGGGAAUAUUUUUAGGAAAAGAAUAUUACCUCACAUUGGUCACUUCAAUAUGGCCCGACUCUGAUCCACUUGAUGCAGCCGUAGAUCUGCCGGGCAUUAGAAUCGAUUUUGUAUGGUUAAAGCAAGGUUUUCUUUAUUUACUUUAUAAUCUCUUAGCUGGCAUCUCGCUUUGGGUUGUGACCUGGAAAGAUCUAUUCAACGAUGAAAACAAUCUCGACAAGUGGUUGGCUACAACCGGUCUCAUUGCAUGUCUGUUUAACAUUACCAGCUAUCUCGUUGGUAUCGCAAGCAUGGCAUGGGCGUAUCGCUCGACGGACAGUCUUAGUUAA